AAGGUCACUUUGCCCCGCCAAAGCCUUGAGAUGUCUGACGACUUGCGCGAUUUCGAGGAGCAGAUUAGACUUCAAAAUUCUCAGACUGUUGAUGUCGAGGUGAAAACGAGAGUCGAUCCAGAUGGGACUGUUAUGGAAUGGGACGAUAAACGCAAAGGGUGGUUUCCUAAAAUAGAUGAUGAUUUUAUUGCUCGUUAUCAAAUGAGUUACGGUGUUGCUACGAGUAAUCAGCAUGAGUCCUCUGUCGCUUCAGAUACUGCACCCAGUACUGUAGACUGGACACGCUUCAACACAGAGCUAGCCGAACUUAGAGCGACCAAAGGUGAUAAUUCUGUGGAGGUACAACAGCUUAUGAAAGCUGCUAAUGAAUCGUUGACAGCUUAUUAUAAUUCUCCAGCCUAUCGAGAAUGGUACGAAAAUUACUGCAAGCAUAACGGGUCCCAAAAUACCCAGCCUAUUGAACAUAAAACUGAAAUAAAGAAAUCUAGCAACAAAGCAAAGCAUGAACUAAAGCCCUCUGAACGUAUGCUUAGUAGUUUCCUAGACGAAGGAGAUGAUCCGGAUACUGCUUUGGCAAGAGUGGAAGCAGAAUUAUUAUCUGGCGCACAGCCUACAAAUUCUAACGACGUAUUGGAAGAUGUGUGUGUAGACCAAUCACCUGCUGAUGAAGCACAGGUUGCCGCAGACGAUGCAAAUGAUCCUAAUCCUCGGAAGAGAAAGCAGACAGCCCCCCUUCCUGCCUGGUAUGAGAUAGACGAGAGUAAAAAUACACAUGUAUAUGUCAGUGGCCUACCUCCGACAAUAACCGAUGAGGAAUUCUCAGCACUAAUGUCAAAAUGCGGUGUUAUAAUGAAUGAACCCUUUACUAAUAUACCUCGUAUAAAAUUGUACAAGGAUCAAGCUGGUAUUCCUAAAGGUGAUGGGCGUUGCUGUUAUGUCAGAGUUGAAUCAGUGGAGCUUGCAUUAAAAAUUCUCGAUGGUAUGUUAUAUACACCUGGUUAUACUAUUCAUGUGGAACGUGCUAAAUUUCAACCUAAAGGAGAAUUUGAUCCUAAGAAACGUCGACGUUUAACAAUUAAAGAAAAGAAAAAAUUGAGAGAACAACAAGAAAAUUUAUUUCGAUGGAGUAUUGAUACAAGUAAAUUUAUACGUGGUAAAAAAGAACGUGUGAUUAUUCUUAAAAAUGCAUUUAAUGAAUUAGAUUUUCAACAUGAUGUUACUUUAAUUCCAAUUGUAAAAGAACGUUUACGUGUACAAUGUGCCAAAUGUGGUGUUAUCAAAAAGAUUGUGGUUCAUGAUGCUCAUCCAGAAGGCGUCGUCAGUGUAACAUUUUCUACACCAGAAGAAGCAGAUACAGGAAUCAAAUUUCUAUCUAAGGCAUUAUUUGUUGAUUAUCCUGGUACUGGAGGAGCUAGACAAUUAGAAGCGGAACGUUGGGAUGGUAAAACUAAUUAUUCAAUAUGUGAAUCUAAAGAUAAAGAAGCUAGUCGAUUACAAAGUUGGGAUGAAUAUCUUGGAGGUGAUAGUUCUUCAUCCGAUGAAGAGACCGAUACUCAAGCUAGCAUUAAUAAUAAUGCCUGUGAUGAUAAUAUUGAAUCCAGAGGAGGGAAUACUACUUCACAAAAAUCAGAAUUAGCAUUUGAAGUACCGUCUGAUUAUUGGGAAAGAUUAAGUGAAGAGAGUCAGUCCAGCUGUGUAGAUACAGAUGAUGAGAAUGGUGGGAGUGGAGCUGAAACACCAUAGAUUAUCUUCACCAUUAUGGUUUCUUUUUGCAUAUUUCAUUGUACAAAUAACCUCUGUAUAAAUACAUAUAUAUAUACAUGCAUAGUCAAGCUUACUGAAAUUUUUGGUCGUUAUAGGUGGAGUUUUGUUCUCUGAGCUGGAUGGUUGGGUCGUGGAGAUUUCAUUGUUCUUCUGAACAACAUCAUCAGCACAAACUUCAGUUAGAAUCCGGUUAUUAUUUUCGUCACGGAAAACGCUUUGAGUACAUUGUAACCCUACAGUCCACUACCAUGUUAUUCUUAGGUUAUUCACUUUUUAUCCCUCAUUGAAUUAUCACUGUCAUUCUAUACAUGAGUCAACGACUUUAAAACUCUAUUUACUAGUC